UCCUGAUCAGACCGCAUCAGGCCAUUCACCACUGGAGGGCGAGUGGUACAAGAGGACUGGGACGCGCUGAGAGGAAUACACAGGACGAGGGUGAGGGGAUAGAGAGAGCAGCAUCUGGAAGCGAGAGAGAGAGAGAGAAAAUCCCGGCCCGGCCACUGCAAAGCAUCAUAUUCCGCCAUCGGAUUAAAUCCGUCCCCCGUCUCCGACACUAAAUCACGCCAAGAAAUGAGUUUGUGCUGUGAAGACUCUUCAUGCUGAACUGAGCGGUCCAGUGCUGUCCUCCAGUGUGUCCCUCCCCCUCGGUUUUCUGUCUCUCCGUCUGUCACCUGGUUUGUGAGCAGCCAUGACAAAGUCCUAUGAGUUCAACUGGCAGAAGCACCUACCUGAGUUCAUGCAGGAAGGCGUCUCUUUCGACAGAUUCGAUGAGGACCCAUACGUCUUUGAGCCCAACUGUCAGAUGAGGGUGGACGAGUUUGGUUUUUUCAUCACCUGGAAGAGUGAGGGAAAGGAGGGUCAGGUUCUCGAAUGUUCCCUCAUCAACAGCAUUCGGGUUGGAGCCGUGCCAAAGGACCCAAAGAUCCUGUCGUCAUUCGAGGCCAUCGGGAAGACGGAGUCAGACUUGGAGGGCUGCGUCAUCUGUAUCUGCAGCGGCACAGACCUUGUCAACCUCAGCUUCAUGUUCAUGGUGGCCGAUAGUCCCGACACAGCCAGGAAGUGGACUGAUGGGUUGAGGUCAGUGAUUCACAACUUUAAGGCCAACAAUGUCUGUCCAAUGACCUGUCUAAAGAAACAUUGGAUGAGAAUGUGCUUUCUGACCAACGUGAAUGGGAAGAUUCCAGUGAGGGGCAUCACACGAACGUUUGCAUCAGGGAAGACAGAGAAGGGGAUCUUUCAGGCCCUAAAGGAGCUUGGUCUGCCCAGUGGCAAGAAUGAUGAGAUUGAGCCAUCGGCGUUCACCUUCGACAUCUUCUACGCCCUCACGCAGAAGAUCUGCCCUCGCACAGACAUCGAGGAGCUCUUCAAAAAGAUCAAUGGGGACAAAACUGAUUAUUUAACUGUAGACCAGUUAGUCAGCUUUCUGAAUGAAAAUCAGCGCGACCCCAGGUUAAACGAGAUCCUGUUCCCGUUCUACGACCCCAAGAGAGCCAUGCAGAUCGUUGAGAAAUACGAGAGAGAUUCAGAUCUUAAGAAGAAAGGCCUUAUGUCCAGCGAUGGUUUCUGUCGGUACCUGAUGUCUGACGAGAAUGCACCGGUGUUCCUGGACCGGCUGGAGCUGUACCAGGACAUGGAUCAGCCGCUAGCCCACUACUUCAUUAGCUCCUCACACAACACUUACCUUACAGGCCGACAGUUCGGGGGGAAGUCCUCCGUGGAAAUGUACCGCCAGGUGCUCCUGUCCGGAUGCAGGUGUGUAGAGCUAGAUUGUUGGGAUGGGAAAGGAGAGGACCAGGAGCCAAUCAUCACUCAUGGCAAGGCCAUGUGCACAGACAUCCUGUUUAAGGAUGUUAUCCAAGCUAUCAAAGACACAGCGUUUGUCACAUCAGAGUAUCCCGUUAUCUUGUCCUUUGAAAACCAUUGCAGUAAACCACAACAGUAUAAGAUGGCCAAGUAUUGUGAGGAGAUCUUCGGGGACCUUCUCCUCAGACAACCUCUGGAGGGCUUUCCGAUUGAAGCUGGGCGCCCUUUACCCUCCCCGACUGACCUCAAACGCAAAAUCCUCAUCAAAAAUAAACGCUUAAAACCAGAAGUGGAACAGAAACAGCUGGAGUCCUUUAAGAAGCACAUGGAGGCAGGAGAAACCAACACCCCCGCCAUCAUACUGGGAGAGGAAAAUGAGGAGGACACAGAGAAUGGAGAGAAGGAGCCUGAUGACAAGGAGCUGAAUUCGGAGGCCCCCAGCAGUCUGUCAGAGGAGCCCAGUGAGAAGGAGGCCAACAGCAUUUCCCAGAGCAACACUGUCAGUUCGAGGAAAGAGGGGGAGCACAACAACAGCAUCAAGAAGGUAAAUGAUGAUGAGGUGACAGAGAUUUCAGAGGCCACAGAGGCAACAGACGCCACAGACAUCUCUGAAGCAUCCGACCAGGACAACAACAAAAAGGGUGGGGAGGCAGCAGAAGACUCCGAAGAGGCACUAAUAGCCCAGUACACGUACGUGGGAGCCACCACCAACAUUCACCCCUACCUCUCAGCCAUGGUCAACUACGCACAGCCUGUCAAGUUCCAGAGCUUUGACAUGGCAGAGGAGAGGAACAUCUAUCAUAACAUGUCGUCUUUCAAUGAGUCGGUUGGCCUGGGCUAUCUGAAGACCAACGCCAUCGAAUUUGUCAACUACAACAAGCGUCAGAUGAGCCGUAUCUACCCCAAAGGGGGCCGCGUGGACUCCAGUAAUUACAUGCCUCAGAUCUUCUGGAACGCCGGCUGCCAGAUGGUCUCGCUCAACUUCCAGACCCCAGAUUUGGCCAUGCAGUUGAACCAGGGAAAGUUUGAGUACAACGGCUCCUGCGGGUUCCUGCUGAAGCCCGACUUCAUGCGGCGGUCAGACAGGAUGUUUGACCCCUUUUCAGAGACGCCCGUGGAUGGGGUCAUUGCCGCUACCUGCAGCGUACAGGUGUUCUCUGGCCAGUUCCUGUCGGAUAAGAAAAUCGGCACGUACGUGGAGGUCGACAUGUACGGGCUGCCGACGGACACCAUCCGCAAGGAGUUCCGCACGCGCAUGGUGAUGAACAACGGGCUGAACCCCGCCUACAAUGAGGAGCCCUUCGUCUUCAGAAAGGUGAUCCUACCAGAUCUGGCGGUGCUGCGUAUAGCCGUCUACGAUGACAACAACAAGCUGAUAGGCCAGCGCAUCCUGCCCCUGGACGGCCUUCAGGCGGGCUACCGCCACAUCUCCCUGAGGAACGAGGGCAACAAGCCCCUGUCGCUGCCCACCGUCUUCUGCCAAAUUAUCCUCAAGACCUACGUGCCCGACGGCUUUGGAGCGAUUGUUGAUGCCCUGUCAGACCCAAAGAAGUUCCUGACCAUAGCUGAGAAGAGAGCUGACCAGAUGAAGGCUCUAGGCAUCGACACGAACGACAUAGCAGAUGUACCCAGCGGGAGCUCAAAGAACGAUAAAAAGGGGAGGGGGAAAGGCGACACGGUCAAGGCCAACGUGACACCGCAGGCCAGUUCGGACAUGGCUCAGACCUCCAAUUCCGCUCAAAACAACACCGCAGAGACCAAGAAGGCCGCGCUUGUGCCUAAUGUCAGUAUUGACGACUUGAAACAAAUGAAGACGUACCUUAAGUUGAUUAAGAAGCAGCAGAAGGAGCUGAACACUUUAAAGAAAAAACAUUCAAAGGAUCAAAACGUCAUGCAGAAAUCCCAUUGCACCCAGGUGGACAAGAUGGUCUCUCUGAAUGACAAGGAGAAGACAACGCUGGAGAAAUUGCUGGAGAAAGCAAUUAAGAAACGAGGGGAAAACAACUGCCAAGAGCUGAAGAAGGAGACAGAAGAUAAGAUCCAAACACUAACCACUGACCACAAAGCUAAGGUGAAGGAAAUCACAGCGCAGCACACCAAGGAGUGGUCAGAGCUGAUCAGCAGCCACAGCAACGAGGAACAGGAGAUGAGGGACAGCCAUGUCACACAGCAGUGUGAGCACCUCAAGAAACUACUGACCACUGUCCAAGAACAGCAGACCAUGCAGCUCAAACUCAUCCAUGAGCGGCAGAGCAAAGAGAUGCGCGCCAACCAGGCAAAGACCUCCAUGGAGAACAGCAAAGCCAUCAGCCAGGACAAGUCCAUCAAAAACAAGGCGGAGAGAGAGAGGAGAGUGCGAGAAUUGAACAGCAGUAACACUAAAAAGUUCCUGGACGAGAGAAAAAGGCUGGCCAUGAAGCACCAGAAGGAGAUGGAGCAGCUAGAAAAGAACCAGAGGGAACAGUUGGAGAAACUGGACAAGUUCAACGAGCAGCUUUUGAAAUCACACCAUGCAAACAAACAAGUUCAAGGCCAAAGCAAUGCAGCAGAUGGUGAAGUUGGAGGAGGAGAUGGAUCGCAGACCUGCCACAGUGGUGUGAGCAACUAA